GCAAAAAUCUGAUUUGUAAAUUUUAAUAAUAAUAAAAUUUAUAAAGAGAUGAAAAAAAGAAGAAAUUACUGCAAGCAAGGGAAACAUCUCCUUCUAUUCUGCAGUCACCUCAGAGCAGAAGUAUAAACCUGAGCCAAUUCCUUUGUCCCAUACUUGAAAGGGGCAAAAGUACAUUAAUAAGUUAUUCAGCAGGAUAAAAUGUGUUAUUCUUUGAAAUGCUGCAGAUGGGUUUAAGUUUGGAAAUGAAUAACUGUGGGGCUUAGUUAAGAGAGACCAAAGUCCAGUCCUCCUACCGUUUCCUCAGCCACUUUGUUCAGGCUCCAAAAGGCUGCCCCAAAGACCUCAGUGUUUACUGCUUCUUUUUUUAAAGCUCUGCAGUAAUUCUGCUCUAUUGUGUACCUCCCCACCCCCAAGAUCGUUGUAAUCUUUUUAAAAAUCACAAUGGUAGUGGUCUUUAUCCUAUCUGUAAAUAUUUGUUUUUCAAAUCUUAGCUCUAAGUCUCUGGUGCCUUCACAUGUAUUCCUCCAUAUCUAUGCUUCUUUAGGUGUUCGUGAUGGGAAGAGAGUACUAUGCCCACUGAUUUCAACUCCAAAUGUUCCCAACUUGCUCAUUUCCUUCCCCCACCCCAAGCUUUCACCAGACCUGUCUUCCCCACCUUGGAAUUCAUAAGAGCUUGAAAAUGUUUCUUGUCUGGGCUACAGCUGCCUACCAGGAAUCUUGAGCCAGUUUGGUCAAUAGCCAUACCGGCUGGGGGAUUCUAGGAAUUGGUUAAAUUUUUCCCCAAGGUCUGCUGUGCAGUUACACCAUUAGGAUCAAAUCACAACAUUUGUGUACAGUCCUUAUUUGUUUAAUUGGAAUUUAAGUUGAAAAGUAGUGAAUAAGUGCUUUUUGUAAAGGGAUAGAUUCUGUGUAGCUCCUUAUAUGUGUUCAACAUGUCAUGGCCUGUGUUUUGCAACAACUUCAUGGAGAGUUGUUGUGUGCCUCCAAGUCACUUUUUGAUUUAUGGUGACUCUAAGACAAACUUAUCAUAGGGUUUUCCUGGCAAGUUUCUUUAGAGAGGGUUUGCCAUUGCCAUCCUCUGAGGCUGAGAGAAUGUGUCCAAGGUCACCCAGUGGGUUUUUAUGUUUGACAGGUGAUUCGAACCUUGAACUCAAGUUGUAAUCAAUUCUCAAACCACUGCACCACACUGGAAUUUGCAUGGAGAGACCAGUUGUUAAUUGUAUGCAAUAUGCUAUGUUCUGCAUUAUGUAGAAGAAAUUGGUGAGAAGAGUGGAAUUUGUCUUUUUUUUUUUUAAGUCUCUAAUAUAGCUUCUUGCUCAUAAGGAAUUCAAGACAGCUGACCAUUUUAAUAGCAAAGAAAACAAAACCAAGAAAAGAAAAAGAACCCAUUUGUGCCAGCUCAGUACCAUAUGAGUAUUGCAUCAGGAACCUGAAUUAGAUGGCUAGUUCUAUAUAUCUGAAUGCUGUCUCAUUUCUCAAUGAGUUUCCAUUGGGUUCUGUGGAACAAAUUUAUCGCCUCAGCCCUCCAAGCCAGUAUGGUAACUGAUACAGGAUAUUAUGGGUGUUGUAGUCUUGAGAAAGGCCAAAGGUUCUCCAACUUUGCUCUAGACUGUAGUAUGUGACGUAGUUGAAAGGCGGCUGAACUGAACUUCAGUCAAUACAUAGGAGCUAUGGGAGGAAGUUUAAUUACUACCCUGAUGCAAUAGAAUCAUCAAACAAAGCUGGAAGAGACCUCAAGGGCCAUCCAAUCCAACCCAUUGCCAUGUGAGACUACACAAUCAAAGCACCCCUGACAAAUGGCCAUCCUCUAAUAGUAGGGAAUGAUGGGAUCUUUAGUCCAAUUCUACUUCCUCUUACAAAUAAACCAGUCAAGUUACCUAGCAGUCUGGCUAUGAAGCCAGUUUCUGUACAUCCCUCCCCUUCAUAUCUAUAAAUAAAUAAGUUUGCAGCAUACAGAUGAAUUAUGACAUAUCAUUCCAAACCUACACAUAAGAAUGGGGAACAUAUGAUUCCUCUGAUUUCAGGCUUUACCUUUCAAGAUCCUGCCCAAUGUUUGAGUAUGCCAUAUAAUUUUCUCUCAUGUAAGUGAAUCAUUGCCUUUCGCUCCCUUAGAGAAGUAUAAAGCACUAUACUUGGGACAGAAUGCAAAACACCAGUUUGAUAUUCCCAAAUGUGGAUGUUUCUGAGGUUUUUAUCACACGACAGCCUGCUAAUCUUCCUCUGAAUGACACUUGCCAAAAUGUAUUUGAAAUUCUUUGCAUCAGAUGCUUAGUUGAGAUGCAUGGGUUAGGUGCUGCUACCCAAUAAACCUAUCUGAAUCUGCCUUAGGCACGAAAGGUUAGACCCCUCCCCUCCCCAGACUAGGUUGGAGGGUACUGAGCCUACCCAAAUGAUCUGGCAGAACAGGACCACCAAGACUUCGAAAUUGUUGAGGUUCCUGAGACAUUAUUAAUCAAAAGUGUACUCCAGGAUCAAGUGCUAAGAAAUAUUAAGAAAGUGAUUGUCAUUCAACCUUUCUAGGAAUAAUAAAAGUUGCCUGCAGUCUAUUCAGUGCAAACCUAACAGAGUAAGCUGCAUGGAUCACAUGGAGAGGACUUGUAAGUACACAGUGUGCUUGCAAGGGUCUAUAUUUAAGGCUAUUUGAAAUACAAUGGCCGGGAAAGUAAUUUGCCCUCUCCCUGCAAGUACCAACAAGUAACAACCUGCCUGCCAAUGUUGCCCCCUGAACAACAGUUCAAGGGCCCUAACUAAAGUAUAGAAAACUAGAUCUGCAUUUCUGCCAUAUGUAGAGCGGCCAUGCUGGUUGGGGGAUUCAGGGAGCUUUAGUCCAGAAAUGGAACAACUCCAAGCUCUGCUGUCUGUUUGCAUAUAAUGAGGGAUUCUGGGAGACGUAGUCCAAAAGUCACAGCUCCCAGUUUUGUGUUGUUGUCGUUUGGGUGUAUGCACAUGCAUGAACUGUAUGUCCUUGAUAUUGGAUAGCUUGGCUUGCACUGACUUUGUGGGGGCACAACUGGCACCACCUGCAUGCUCACAUCCACAAUCCUAAAUCCUACAGUUCACAGUCUGAAUUUCACAGGUUAUAGUUUCCAGGCUUGUUCCAUAAUCAUGAAAUUUUGUUGUUGAAAGCAGCAAAGAUCGUUCAUGUAGCACUGGGAUGCAUGUCUUGCAUUUGUUAUGACGCAUGCGGUUGGGAGUUUUACAAAUUCUCCAGAAGACAUUGAGCAGAGGCUUCUAAUCAGGUUAUUGUCUAACAGAUUAAGGGUCAGAUUCUGGAACUCCUAGGGAGGAGUUGAAUCAUGAAUUUUGAAGGUCUCCUGUGUUUUGAAGUAGCUCAGUAGCUAAUGCUUAAAUAGGAUCAGGUAGCACUUCCUCCACUACCUUCUGGACUGCCCUCUGAGAAAGUUACACUGGGAAAGUAGAAAGAGAAAUUUUGCCAUGAUCCAGAAGAAGUUGGAGGAGAUUCUGCCAAGGGAUGGAGUAAGCAUUCAGGUAGUCCUUGCUGUCACCUGCAGCUCUGCUGCAGCAGUUGUGCUGUGGAAAUGGAUGGCACGCAGAGGGAUCCAGAGGAAGAUGGAGGAAGCCAGACGGUGGAGAGACAACAGUCUGGAGCUAAUGGAAAGAGUUGUUUGGAAGCUUAAACAGAAGAACCCAGAAGUCCAGUCCGAAUUCAUCCUCUCCUUGUCACUAGUAGAACUGGCAGCAAAACUUAAGGAGGAGUCUCUUUCCCCAGACAGUGUCCUGUAUACUUACAUAAAGAAGGCUCUUGAAGUGACCCAGGAGCUGAACUGUGUGACAGAUUUCAUUCAUGGCUGUGAGGAACAACUCAGAGAACUGAAGAAACAAAAAGAGAAAGGCUUGCUAUAUGGGGUUCCUGUCAGCAUCAAGGACCACAUUGGAUGCAAGGGCCACAUCUCUACAGGUGGCUUGGUGCAGUUUCUCAGCAAAGUGGAAAAGGAGGACAGUGUGAUAGUGAAGGUUCUGAAGAAGCAGGGGGCAAUUCCAUUCGUGAAAACCAAUGUUCCCCAGAGCAUGAUAAACUACGACUGCAGCAACUUAAUUUUUGGUCAGACAGUGAAUCCCUUCAAUCACAAGAAAAGUCCUGGUGGUUCCUCUGGAGGGGAAGGAGCACUUAUUGGAGGAGGAGGGUCUCUCUUGGGUUUUGGGACAGACGUUGCUGGAAGCAUUCGCCUUCCAUCCAGCUUCUGUGGGAUUUGUGGACUAAAGCCAACAGGCUCUCGGCUGAGUACUAUUGGUCUUGUUUCCCCUAUAGGAGGCAUGAAGUCAGUUACAGCUACAAUUGGCCCAAUGGCAAGAGAUGUGGACAGCCUGGCUCUGUGCAUGAAGGCUCUCUUAUGUGAUGAGUUAUUCCACCUGGAUCCCUCAAUACCACCAAUGCCUUUCAAAGAAGAGAUUUACACCAGCUCAAAACCCCUCCGCAUUGGAUACUAUGAAGAUGAUGGAUAUUUCCAGCCAUCUCCCAGCAUGAGGAGGGCUGUUCGGGAAACAAAACAUCUUCUUCAGACAGCAGGACAUACACUCAUCCCCUUUGUUCCUCCUCGUCUCAAUUACGUAGUUGAUGAACUUUUCACAAGAGGCCUCUUUUCUGAUGGAGCUGCAAAUCUACUGGAGAAGUUCAAAGGAGACAUUGUUGAUCCAAAUUUGAAAUCACAGAUUAAUUGUUACAGCCUUCCUAUUCUAAUAAAGAGGAUUUUGUCAUUCAUCCUAAAACCUGUGUACCCUCGGAUUGCCAGAGAUCUCAACGCACUGUGCGGAGUUGGGUCAGCAAAAAACCUAUGGAGGCACCAUGUGGCAGUGGCGGCUUACCGGGAAGAAUUUAUUGCCGAAUGGAGGAAGCUGAAACUGGAUGUCAUCCUGUGUCCUGCCUUGGGCCCAGCAUUUAAUGAAGGCUACCCUGGGAAAUUAUUUGCUGCUACAUCAUACACCAAUUUAUACAAUGUCCUAAACUUUCCUGCUGGGAUUGUGCCAGUCACCACAGUGUCCCGGGCUGAUGAAGAAGAGCUGGUAAAUUACAGAGGGCAUUAUGGUGAUCCCUGGGAUAAACGCCUGAAAGAGGCUGUAAAAGAUGCUAUUGGGCUCCCGGUGGCUGUCCAAUGUGUGGCUUUGUCUUGGCAAGAGGAAAUGUGCCUUAGGUUAAUGAAAGAGGUGGAGACUCUUGUCCGUGAGAGGGGAACCAAAUAAUGAUCCAUUGCAUCCCACUGCAACAACAGUACAAAGACACAGAGCAAUACAACUUGACAAAGUGAUGAUUAGAGCAUUUAGUCAUUCAUAAAUAAUGCAUUCUAGAAUACACUUCUUUGUUAAAUAUGACUCAUCAUCAUACUCAGUAGAGAAAUAAUGUCAUAAAAGCCUAAAUCUCAUGAGAGAUCUACACAAGAGCCAGCAUGAUGUAGUGAUUUGAAUCUGGACUAGAGCUCCUGGAGAUCAGAGUUCAAAUCCUUACUCAGCCAUGGAAACCCAUUGG